AUGGCUCAUUACCGUGCAUUAAAAAAUACCCUACUCCAAUUCCCGAACGUUUUUACAUGGGCAGGACAACCAAUCGGACGUAUCGGAAUGGUUCAGCACGAAAUUAUUACUGAUACCGCCCGACCACAGCGUCAACCAGCUCGUCGAAUACCCGUCCACUAUCAAACGGAACUUAACGACAUCAUUUUAGACCUUCUUUCCCAGGGUAUCAUAGAAUCCUCAAACUCUCCAUGGGCUGCUCCCCGGCUUGAUUCCGUUGUGAACCCUCCAAACGCCGUCGAAGCUAAGUCUGCGUGCGGGUCUCUCCACAAGGGUGAUAUGUGGAUGCAAAUGACUAAACGCAUGUCGCCCGUGCGAUUCGGCCAGCGUCAAUUUGAAAAGCCUAUUGCGUAA